AUGGCAUCUCAAGUAAGUCAAUUUGAAAAAUCGAGGAUAACCUCAAUAAUUUUGAAUUUAGGAACUUUUCGAAGAGCUUGAUAAAAUUGCGGGGAAUUUAGAUUUGGAAGAUAUUGCAAAUGCGUUGAAAAGAGCUGACGAAAUUGAUUUGAAAGAAUUGGAAAAGUCUGAGAUUUGCGGAAUACUUCGAAGAAAAGGAGAAUGGGUGUAUGCAUUGAGCAAUUAUCAAGAAGAUAAGCAACAACGAUAUAAACAUCUUGAAGAAGGUAAAUUGUGAAUUGAGAUUUUAUGAACCUUUGAAGUCGUUUUCUCAGCUUAUGAAUUUGCUUUGGAAGGGCAUAAAGUUGAUGAAAAUGACUUUGAAUGUCUUAAAGUAUUAUGUUCAACAGCUGGAAGAUUGGCGGAAGAAAGUGGAAUUCAAAAAAAGAUCCAUUAUGGUUUUCUUUUCAAAAGUUAUUUAGAUAAAGCAAUUGCUCUGAAUAAUAAUGAUUUUGAAACUUUACACAUGCGCGGAAGAUUUUCUUAUACGGUGAGGAAUAUUUAGAUUUACAAACUAAUGAGAUAUAAUAUUUCAGGUCUGUCAACUUUCCAUGAUCGAAAGACUUGCAGCCAAAGUUAUUGGAAAAAUACCCGAAACCAGUAACAAAGAAGCACUUGAGGAUCUUCUUCGAGCUGAUCAACUUGUUCCUGGCGUUGCUGAAAAUCAAUUGUUUAUUGGAAAAACUUAUAUGGCGAUGAGUGAUUGGAAAAAUGCGAAAAAAUGGUUGAAAAUCGCAUCGGAAAACAAAACAUAUGUUGCUGUUGAGACGGAAUAUGUCGAAGAAGCUAUCGAUUUGUUGCAGGAUAAAAAAUUGGCAAAAUUUUGA